GUUUUCCUUUCAUUGUUUUUGCUGUAUCAAAGAUUCUUUCCACCUCUUUUCAAGUCAAAGAAGAAAAAAUAAUGAAAAAAGAAAAAGUGAAUAUAUGAAAUAUGGCUACAAGCUCAUGGCAUAUAUUCCCCCAACAUAACCCCACUCAUGCUUCCUUAUAUGGAGUGAGAUCAAACAACAUAACAACAACAGCACCAAUUUAUAUAUAAAUAAAUAAAAACUAUAGUUGCCACAUGUUCAUGUAUAUAUAGUAAGCUUAAAGCAUCAAAAGUAUAUUUAUGUUUCAGUCUCUAUUACAAAAAAAGCAAAUGGAUCAGCAAAACCAAAGUAUGCGUUUGGUUCUUUCUACUGAUGCUAAGCCUAGGCUGAAAUGGACUCAUGAACUUCACCAAAGAUUUGCUGAAGCAAUUAACCAGCUUGGAGGUGCAGAAAAGGCAACACCAAAGAGUCUUAUGAGGGCUAUGGGGAUUCCAGGACUCACUUUAUACCAUCUAAAGAGCCACUUACAGAAAUAUAGACUUGGCAAAAGCCAACAGGUAGAAACAUGUUCUGACAACAAACAAGAUUACAUAGAAAUCCAAAGCACUGGAAGUCAAUGCAGCAGAGAAAUUAGUGUUGGAAACCAGAAUCAAACCACUGAAAGCUUGAAGAUUUCUGAGGCUCUCCAAAUACAAAUGGAAGUACAAAAGAAACUUUAUGAACAAAUUGAGGUGCAGAAACAUUUACAGUUUAGAAUUGAAGCUCAAGGAAAGUACUUACAAUCGGUACUAAUGAAGGCGCAAGAAGCACUUGCAGGACACGGUUCUUGUUCGACAACAGGUGUAGAACAUGCUAAUAAAGAUGAACUACUUUCUCAGUUAUUAUCAAUAAUCAACAAUGCAUGUCCUAGUUCUCCCAUUUCAGAACUAACAGAAACAAGAGGUUUAAGUUUAAACUUUGGUGAGAAGAAACAAAAUAGAGGAACUAUGUGUUCUCUAGAAAGUUCUCUUACAUCAUCUGAAAGCUCUGAGAGAAAAGAGGAAAAUCAAACCAUAGAUGAGGCAGAGAACACUUCAAAUUAUAAUAGUAUUUCAGUUGAAUUGCCACUAAUUUCCAUUGUAACAGAAAGUAAAACAUUCAAGACUGAUACAAAUGAUGAAGCUAGUGGGAAAAAGAGAAGUGCAACUACUGAUUUUGAUGGUGGUUGUGUUGAUCAAUCAGAUGGAAAAAGAUGUGGCAAAAAAUUGAGGAAAUCUGAGUUGUCACAAAUGCUUGACUUGAACAUAAAAUAUGAGAGAGACGUUGACUUAAGUUCCACAGAAAUAGAUUUAAAUUGUAGUUCAAGCUUUUGAGUACAAUGAAGAUGGUUUAUUGUAAUAUUUACAUUUGAAACAAAUUAAGUCACUCUCAGGAGCAAAUUAAUGUAUAAACUAUGUAUAUUUUAUAAUGGAAAUGUAUAAUACUUAUAUGACAAAUCUUUGUUCAA